CACUGCAUGGCAGAAAGCACUAAAAGCACCUCACACUUCGCUCUUCGACCUAGCUGUGAACCCAGAGUGGAUAAACGGAAAAACGGGCAAAACCAUUCAUAUCAAAUGUGGAGUGUGUGCUCUGGUCGAAGGCCUGCAUACAUUUAAACAACACGUAAGAGGAGGCAGAAGACAGGAAAGCAGAGACAAAUCAAAGUGAUAAUAAACAAAAGACGAAGAAAAACAAGGAGAUUUGAAAAGAGAAAACCUAAAAUACAACAAUCUGGACUGUGGACAGACUGCAAUGAUGAUGGUGAUGAUUCUGAUAAUGUUAAUGAUUGCGAUGAUAAAGACGGCAGCAGCCUCGGCGCCUGGCUCUGAGAUGGACAUUAGACCUGGAGUUGAGACCAGCUUGGCCAAACGAACCCUGCGCUUCUGCUACCUGCUGAGCUUUGGGGUCACAGAGAUUCCCUCCAACAUCACCAGCAACACCCAAUGCCUGGAAAUUAAGCAGACGCAGAUCAGAGUGAUUCCCCAGGGCGCCCUCAACCACUUGCAGCACCUCAGGAAACUUACCAUAUCGGAGAACAACAUGCUGGAGAGCAUCAGCGCGUUUGCCUUCGCCAGCCUCCCUCGGCUCACUGAUAUCGUCAUCUCUGAGAAUGUUGCGUUAGAGAGUAUAGGAGCUUUUGCUUUCUCUGAUCUCCCUGAACUCUUUGAGAUAACCAUAACAAAGUCAAAACACCUGAGACACAUCCAUCCAGAUGCAUUCAAGGACAUCGUGAAACUACAGUAUCUGACCAUCUCCAACACCGGGCUGAGAAUUUUUCCAAACUUCACCAAAAUCCACUCCACAGCCCACGGCUUUCUGUUUGACCUGGAAGAGAACAGCCACAUAGAGAGAGUCCCCGCUAAUGCCUUCAGAGGCCUCUGCACUCAAACUAUCACCGAGAUACGGCUCACCAGAAAUGGCAUCAAGGAGGUGGCAAGUGACGCCUUCAAUGGCACAAAGAUGCACAGAUUGUUCCUAAGAGGCAACCAACAGCUUACUCACAUCAAUCCCAACGCCUUUGUGGGUUCCAGUGAGUUGGUGGUACUGGACAUUUCACACACAGCCCUCAGCUCCCUUCCAGACUACAUCCUCGGUGGACUCCAGAGGCUGAUCGCAGAGUCCGCCUUCCACCUGAAAGAACUUCCUCCUCUGCAGCUCUUCACCAAACUCCAUCAGGCCAACCUGACAUACCCAUCACACUGCUGCGCCUUCCAAAACAUACACAGGAACAGAUCGAGGUGGAACUCCCUGUGCUCCCACCCCAAGGCUCAGGAUAACCUUCACUUCUACAGGGACCACUGCUCCAACGCCACUUACAUCGCCUGCAGCCCAACCCAAGAUGACUUUAACCCCUGUGAGGACAUCAUGUCCGCCGUCCCCCUACGGGUCCUCAUCUGGAUCAUAUCUAUCCUAGCGCUGCUGGGGAACGCAACGGUACUCCUGGUCUUGUUAGCAACUGUAGACAUGCUCACUCGUGGCCGGUACUACAACCACGCCAUAGAUUGGCAGAUGGGCCUGGGUUGCAGUGCUGCAGGCUUCUUCACGGUAUUUGCCAGUGAGCUGUCAGUGUUCACAUUAACAGCGAUCACCCUGGAGCGCUGGCACACCAUCACACAUGCUCUGCGGCUCGACCGUAAACUUCGCCUGAGACACGCGUGUAUUGUCAUGACAGCAGGCUGGAUCCUCUCCUCCCUCGCCGCUUUGCUGCCCACAGUCGGGGUCAGCAGCUACGGCAAGGUGAGUAUCUGCCUGCCCAUGGACGUGGAGUCUCUGGUGUCUCAGGUCUAUGUGGUGUCUCUACUCCUCCUCAACAUCCUGGCAUUCUUCUGCGUGUGUGGCUGCUACCUUAGCAUCUACCUGACUGUCCGCAACCCCUCGUCAGCGCCAGCCCACGCCGACACCCGAGUGGCCCAACGUAUGGCUGUCCUAAUCUUCACUGACUUCAUCUGCAUGGCUCCCAUCUCCUUCUUUGCCAUCUCAGCCGCCCUCAAGCUCCCUCUCAUCACCGUCUCAGAUGCCAAACUCCUGCUAGUCCUCUUCUACCCAAUCAACUCCUGCUCCAACCCUUUCCUGUAUGCCUUCUUCACCCGCACCUUCAGACGGGAUUUCUUUCUCUUCGCAGCUCGCUUCGGCCUGUUUAAGACCCGGGCGCAGAUUUACCGGACAGAGAGUUCCUCCUGUCAGCAGCCUGCAUGGACCUCUGCAAAGAGCAGCCAUGGGAUGCUGUACUCCUUGGCCAAUACAUUAAGUCUAGAUGGGAAACAAGACUGCUGACUGUCAUUCAAAAACAGAUACAGACUUUUUGCUGGACUGUCAACAGGAGGGUCAUAUUUCUCUCCCCACAAAAGUCCUAUUUAUCUCAGGCAAAUGAAGAAAAUCCCUUUUAGCUCUGAUGGAGAUAUUGACAGAAUCAAAUGCAUGAACACCUCUCAAAGUUACAAGAAAUUCAAUUUUGCUAAGUUGUGGAGAUACCAAACAGACUGCUAGAUCCUUAAAAUUAUGCCCCAACUCAUCAUUAUUAUGCUUUGGAUGACAUCGAAUUUUGUUGGAUUUCAUGUAUAUCUGAUAUGUUGCUAGUAUCUUAGGCCAGCACAUCAGCUGCUGACUCUGACCUCAGACCUGCAACAACACAGCACACAAGGACAAGUGUCCAGUGUCCUUCUGAAAGCAACUACAAGGGUUUUUUUUUACUGGUUAUGAAACAGUCUCAAUUUAAAACUGAUGCCUCUAUAUGACCUACAUAAGCAGAUGAGGCCAUCAGCGAGAACAUUGGCUAUUUCCACAUAUAGGUAUUCUAAAUGCCUGUCCCCGGGUCCCAGCGAAAUCAGACGAAACUACUUAUGGCAUGCACCACGCAGACCAGAAGCCUAUGUUUACAUUUUCCCAGGCAAAGUUUCGCAGUGAGUAGUACAUUAGCAGGUUAAAAGGAAGCAGGAGGAGAUAUUUCGUUAGAGAAUUUUAUUUUUGAUGUUAUAUUUUGUGGUUAUGGCUGAUACUGGGGCAGGAUCAGCAAAGAGAAAAAGAAAAUAAUUGACCGAAGAAGCUAAAAUGGACAGUGAUAGAGCACGGCCGAAAACACGAUUCAACCAUGGUCGGUCAUUCAACAGAUGGAGAGAAUUGCGGGAUUUGAAAGGAUUCAGAACCAAUCUUGAAUUGGCCCUCUUCCUCCUAGACAGGUAUUUGUAUUUGGCUGUAUACAGUCCAUGGAGGUGUAGGUCACAGUGGACAUUACUGUAAUACAGCUGGCUUAUAAUGUAACAUUUUAUGUUUGCCUUGCUACCGAGCUAUAUCUUGCUGUUGACUUAUUAUUAUGAAGACAUAAUAACAUUACUAGUGAAUAUUGAUAACUUUAGCAUUCUCAACAAAUAACAAUACUAUUACAGAGCAACUGAAUCUGCUAGGACCCAUGAAACCAUGUGACCCAUGGGUAAACUCUACUAUAUAUACAGUGUGUAUAGAAAUCCAAGUAAAGAUAGCUACAGAAAAUCUGCAGGUACUUUGACCAAAUCUAGGUCAAAAUGCUGUCCUAGAUAAUUCCUUGUGUUUGUUUUAACAUAAUUGGACCGCCAGAUAGGUGGAGUUUACUGCAUCAUAACAAUUUAGAUCACAAGUAAAAGUAGGAAGAGUAGAAGAAGAAGUAAACUGAUUUUUACUUUCAUGCAUCGUCUUAUGUAACAAAUGCCAUCCAUUUGGUGUCCCAAGAUAAUGAAACAAACUGAAGUACUUUGAAACAGUUUAACAAAGGCUUGACACUUGGGAAAUCAGCAUAUGCACAUCAAGACAUCAACAUUCAUUUAACAUUCAACAUCAUGAUUGAAUGAUAUUCAUUACAAAGCACACUGCAGGGGCAUACUGAUUAAUAAUCUCCUCAUACACUCUGUCUGCUGCUCUCCAUGCCUCCACAUCCCUCAUACCCUUCAGUUUCCCUAUUUUUAGGACGUGUAAUUAUCGUUGUAAUGUAAUUGUGUUUGUUUGUAAAUGAAAGUAUUAUUAAGUGCCCCUUUUUUAUAUCUGUGUGUAUUGUACAAAAUAUAUCUUUGUGAUGUUUUUUCAUGUCAUUUAUAGUUUUUGUUUUUGUUAUAUCCGCUCUGUUUGAGUAGAUUGUGUAUGGUGAAUGAGAGUGCAUAUGGACUAGUAACAAAAAGGACAAAACACACACUAAACUGAGUUGCCUUUAUCUAGGAAUUCUGUCCUUCAGACCAUCCAAAGUUUUCAAGGACAAAGUGACCCUACCAACCUCUGCUCUGUGUGCCAGGGUGGGUGGGUGUGGGAGGGGGAGCCUACACAGCUGCUCUUUCUGCUUAUUACAGGAGGAUGGAAAUGGCAGCUAGAUAACACACACACACACACACUCAGAAGCAAGCAACCCAGGGUUUCAAGGCUGCAGCUGCAAACAGGGAUCCGAGUCCAUCUCAUUGAUAUGGGUACACUGCCUCCUACAUGCCAACAUUGAACGUGUGGGUGCAUUUAUACUCUUUAACCAGCAGGUGAUGCUACUGAUGCAGGAUAUAUUUUGAUCUCUGCUCUGUUAUGGUGUAAAGGUAAUGUCACCCUCUCAGCAGACACUAUAAAUAUGCAGACAAACAAUUGACAGAGACAGCAAAGCACACCUUUACAACAGUUCAGCGUGGGGUGAAAUGAUUUUAGAUACAAAAAUAUACAUCAAUGUGGAAGUUGAGUUUUAACAGACAAUAAAAUGUCUUUUAAAAAAUAUUUUUUAACAAUAAAAUGUACUAUUCUCUGUCUUCAUGGCUGGUGGCAUUCUUUCCUAACAUGUCUUCAUAAAAACAGAACAGAAAACAAAACAGAGGCAUCAAACCAUCACUAUUAUGUCAAUAAAAAAGGUUGUACACAGAGAACAGUUGCAUACAAGAUUACAUCACUAUUUCUGAGAAAGGCUGACUUCAAGUUUAGACUGAUAUAGUCUCAGUAAGAUGUUGCUUUGCAGCUCAGGACUGCAAACAGCCUCUGAAAAACUCCUUCUCCUCACCUGCUCUUGCAGACAAUAGCACAUGCAGUGCUGAUGAUCUGUGAAGUCUCCAGACAGAGCACGGUGGAAUAAUGUGACACAUUGGGGCCUACAGAAAAAAAGCCAUUGAGGUACAGAUUUUUCCCAAGUUGUGCGGUUGAUGCUCCUCAAAGGAUAUUUAGCUGGAACUACUAAGUAAUAACAUUCAGGGCAUCCUGUUGUCCUUCUGAUGUGUACCACAUUACCACAACAUCCUCAUGGACCUUAAUUUGUUGCAUGUCACACCCAUUUCUCUCCCUAAUUUUUACCUCUCCACUGAAAACUAUCUAAUAAAAAAGGCCACAUUAAAAAAGUCAAAAAGUAAUAACAUCUAACCAGCAGAAUGUUAAAACUUGCAGAUUGUAGUUUAUUUGAGAACAACCCUGUAUGAGGAUGAUUGUGUUAAAAUGGGUAAAGAAAAUUGCAAAAGUCACUCUGUUCAUCAGACAACUAUUUCAUGCAUAAACUGUAUUUUUUCUCACAUAUACAGUGUAUUUGUUUACCUUGAUUUUUUUUUUCCAAGCACUAAUGAUUCAGUGGAUUACAUCCCUCUGUAUUG